AUGUCGUAUUUACAGGUUUUGAAGCUUUUUAAAUUAUUACACAGAACUCGACAAGAAGUUUUUAAAAAUGAUACCAGAGCCCUUGAAGCUGCAAGAAGAAAGAUAAAUGAAGAAUUCAGAAAUAACCAAGAUGAGACAUCUGAAGAGAAGAUAAAUGAGCUUCUGAAAAUAGCUUCAGAUGUUGAAGUGAUUCUCAGAACUUCUGUUAUUCAGGCAGUUCACACAGAUUCCGACAAAAUAC